AUGACCCAAAAAGAGACCCUCAAGCACGAGGCUGAUGCCGUCGCUGGGCGGGGCGUUGUUCUUCCCUUCAAUCAUGGUCGGGAGCUCGGCUCGCAACGAUUGAAGACGCGGAUAAUGAAGCUCAACAGUCCAGGCACCUACAAACCAAUUGAGAUUGCUCUUCGCAUGAUUGUGGAACACUCGUCACAACGCCUGAAGACAUGGGAUCUACAAAAUUACCAGUCAGGCACUGCUACAGAAUCGUGGGCGUCUUCUGCAUGUUUUGCAGGUUACGCAAUCUCUACGGACCAGGAAGCGGAAGAAAACUGGCUGGUUCUUCGCAAAGCUGCCGAAGAUUUCAGCACAAUCUUGCAGAGACAGGAGCCCAUGUUGGUGUGGUCAACUUGUAGCAUCAUCAUCCAACUCUUUGCAGUGAAUACUGAGCUGGCGAUGGGGUUCAUCCGUGUGGUCUUGGACUUCUGCAUCAAGCAACUCCGUGAAGGCGACCCACUCAGAGCUCUUUGGGAGGCUGUACUACGUACCGAUCCAAGUCAUAUUCCUCAGCUCAUAGCACGACUUGUGGCAGCGCAGCUCGGGGUUCUCCACCAAACAACAGCGUCCACUAACCCUUUCGUCGUUCAAUACACUAAAUCCUCCGCAAAAUAUCUCCAUGAUCGCCAUCUUCUCAUGUCAUAUGACGCACAUAACCAAAUAGAGUUUAUCAUCCAGGCGCUCAAUUCAAAGUUGAAGAUUGAUUCGACAAGAUCCAUCAGGAACUCACUCAUAUCGGCUAGUCUUUUCCAGGCGUGCAUACAUCUGGACGACAAAGAGUAUGAGAAAGUCGAGAUGAUUCUCGAUACGAUCCAGCCCAAGGUCAAUAAUCCUGGCUUCGGAAUUGAACAUGCUCAGGUGGUGAACUUCUACGAAGUCAAAGCAGAGAUGUUGAUGGAGCGCGGCAAUUAUGAGCGUGGUGAUAACCGCUGGUCGGAACAUUACUACAAAAAGGCUCUAGAAAUAGCGCAAACCAAUUUAUCCGAAACUAUGCCAGAGCGUAUCGGGUUCUGCUUGAUGGCAUUGGGGACAUUCUACAGGAGAAUAGGGGAUGCAAACAGACUCGAGGAAAUCCAAGUACGAUACGACAAGCACCUCAAGUGGAUGGCCGGCGAGCACCUCCAGGGGAUGGCUGGCGAGAAGCACCCCAAGUGGAUACCGACUAACAAAGAGGACAUCGAAGAGGAUAUCGAAGAGGAUAGCGAAGAGGAUUUCGAUGUCGAAGAGGAUGUCGAAGAGGAUUUCGAUGUCGGAGAGGAUGUCGAAGAGGCUGUCGAAGAGGAUAUAGAAGAAGAUGUAGAGGAGGCUGUCGAAAAAGCUAUCCGUAUGCCAUUGGCAGAAUGGAAUAUUCGGUGGGUGGCGUCAAAUGCUAUGCAUCAGGUUCCGGACUCAUCUACUUAUCCGAUGGAUCAGGUCUCGGAAGCCUGCUCGAAUCCCAUAGAUCAGGUUUCAGACGUCUUUUCGAAUCCCAUGGACACGCUCUCAGAAGUCUUUUCAGACGUCACAGAUCAAGCCUCGGACUACUCGCCGAGCCCCAUAGAACAAGUCUCGGACGUUCUGUCAUAUCUAGGACCUGGUCAACAUAUAAUUGAGGUCCAUGUACAGUGGGAGCUCCCAGACUUUGUCAGCCAAGGUCUCGACAACAUGCAGGAACUCGCGACAGUGAUGACGAUUACUGGCCAGCCAUAUGAAUCAUACAUCAAUUCUUGCGAAAACUAUAUCAAGUCAACGUGGGGUAAAAACCCUUUGAUCAUUGAGUUCUUCCAAGCUUUUGUCAAAUCCAAUCUUGAUUUCUCGGCUGUCUCACACGAGCAAUUCAUUUUCAGUUCAAAUAAACUGAAUGUGUCAGCGAUGAUCAGUUCACCGGCCUUUCCGGGAGACUCCAACGGGUUCACAUUUCGACUGAGAGCAACAAGUCACCACUUGGUCGAGACCUGCCAGUGCAUAUUAUGGCUUGCUGCAGCGUGCAGACCUCCUGAAAGUGGCAGCGUGUAUGCAUCUGUUGCAAAUUUCAGGAAGAUUGGUGUACAAAGGUUCAAGAUUGACACAGAACCCUUGAAACCUCUCACCUCACUAGGCUCUCAGUCCGAGUUUCCCUGCUGCUGGCUGAACAUGUUUGACGGAGGAUAUGUCCUUGCCCAAGGCUUUCCCACACCUCCGAGAGAGUAUGGUCGUGGACUUGAGUUGCCACUUGACAUAAUGAUCGAGCAAGCCAUGGCAUAUAGUGCCAUCAAUCAUACCAUCAAUGGUCAAGACUGCAUGAUUCUCAAGGGCCGGCACACUGCACUUGUCCCGAUUCGCAUCGAAGGUCUCGAAACUCUUGAUCAGACCAGCGAGGUGCAGUGGCACCUCGUUGGUAAGAGACCAGAUCUCGUUCCAAUUGACAGCGCUGAUCAAAUCAAAAGCGAGCAGAAGUACCAUUUGACGGACGUAGAAUUCUCGAACACAAGUCGAGAUCUGUCAUGGGAAGAGAUCGAUGCGAUGGAUGAGAGCGGCCUGAGGAUAUUUCCUAUAGGGAGUAUCCGGGAAGUCUCUUCAAAGCGAUCAUUUGUCGGGCAUUUUCCGAAGGCACAGAUCUUUGUUGGAAGUGACAGGGAAAGGUAUGACGAAUUGAAGGGAGAACCAAAGGCUGAACCCGUGGGCGGGCACGUUAUCAAAUUUGGACAGGCUGUGAGCCUUACCUUGGGCACAAAUGCAGCCACCGGUGGCCUCCUUACUAUGUCGGCGGGUACAACAAUCAAGCGUUCCAAAUUCGAUUCCGUUCCCAAGCGGUCAAAAGCAUUCAUUGCGGAUAAGCUACGCAAUGACCGGAAUAAGCCACACAUAUUGUAUGAUACCAGCAAGAAGAUUGGCUGGAUGAUACCGGAACCAUGCUUGAUCUUGUAUCUGAUUCAUUACUGGGCUGCUUUACAGAGUGAAGUCCCAACUUCAUCCCGCCAGACUGGACAACAAAAGCACCAUCAUCACGGAAAAGACGACGGGGAAACUCAACCGAUGAGCUCUGUGAAAGAGCAUAUGCCUUUCAUAAAAGCAUCAUCCAACGCUGCACAAGAUGCAGCAGAUGCGAUACUGCACCAGUUUAUGGAACCAUCGGAACUUCCCAGGCAUAUUCGUUUCCUUGAGGAUCCCGAGAAGUUGGUGUACGUCAGAGACAUUAUUUGUAACAUGUAUCUGGCCAUUGACACACUGGUUGAGCAUCAGCAACAGAAGAAGCCUGGAACACUAAAUCGACUCAAUCCCUUGGCAACUCACCACGACUUAUGGGGGUACGACUUGGCAGAUGUCGCAGGGUUCGAUGAAGCCCCUGUAAAACGUGUUUCCAUUGACAAGACUCAGUGCGGCGGUUGGCAUGAACUUGCCAAACCAAAUACCAGGAUCGUCGUAUUAUUUGGAAACAAUUUCGGCGAGCUGAUCAAAUAUGAAGAUGGUCAGAUGAUCUGUAAUCAGUGGAAAAGCGUACCUCCGAAGCGCGACUUCCUGUCUGCUGACAGUGGAACCUUGGAAUACCUCCAAGAACUGGUCAAUAGAGGUCGUUGUGGUAUCUUUCUCACUGACAAGAAUUUCCUGAUUUCAAAUCUUGAGCAAAAGGAUUGUCUAGAGGAAGAUUGGCCUUGUUGCAAUAUGACCUUGCAGAUGACUCUGACGGCACCUAAGAGAACCAUCAGAGUAGGAAAGGGGGAAGCAGUGAUAAUCGGCAAGGUGUUACGGAGAGAGAAGCGAAAAAGUUUCGGUGAAAUGUUUGGGCAGUGGAGAGCCACACCAGAUGAAACGGCGCUUCAAGAGCCUCGCAAACUCCCCAAACAGAACCAUUCCCAAUGUGCUUUCAGCCCUCCAGGAGCCUGCCCGUUGUGCUCUGAGGCCAAUCGAUUGGAGAUUGGCAGCAGCAGUGAGAAAUCUUCUCCCGAGGGCGCGGACCUCGAUUUAGGGACUACACCUGGAACAUCUAGUAGCUAUACACCACAGAGUAGUUAA